CUACUUUUUCACUCAACUAAAAUAUAUCUUACGAAUAUAUAGUGAACAAUUCAAGGCACUGAAGUAAUAUAUCGGCAGUCGAUCACGAUCUAACCUGUUGCAGUAUAUGAGCCAUAAAGAUGAUACCAAGGGGAGCUUAUCUUGUCCUACUUGCUCUUGUUUUGAGGGUACAAGGAGAUGUGUAUCUUCAUAAUCCUCGGGGUUCUAAUAACAGACUCAAUGAGCAAUCAGCAAAUAGACAGAAUGCUAACAGGGCCUUUGAUUCACAGAACAACAACAGAGGAGGGUACAAUGUUGGUGAAAUAAAUGCUCAAGGAAACACUCAAGAACAAAACCAAUAUAGAAUGCAAUAUUUUGCAAGUGCUAACUAUGAGACCAUGGAGAAUGAUGCAGGGAAGAGUUUUUAUACGUUGGAAUGGACCAAUCAGCAUGGUUGUGGUGGAUCGGAGGACACAGACCCGCAUAAAUUAAAUUGUAACAUUGUCAUCCAGUACAUGUGCCAACCAGAUGCAAAUACACCACAAGGAAAUGCUGACACUAUUAGGAAUGGCGAUAAUACAAACACUCAGAACCACCAGCCAAGAAACAAUGCAAAUGAAAAUCAAAAUCAAGCUGCAAACAGGAAGAACAAUAACGUCCAAGCCAACCGAUUUCUUCAAGAACAAUGGGAAGCAUAUGAUGCUUGUUACAUCAGAGAAAGAAAUGCAGGUCUCUUUACUGCUGAUCAGAAACUAAAGAACAACAAUCAGGGAUACAGCUCUGCUAUCUUUACUCGACAGAACCCAAAUGGACAGAGGAGAGGUUAUGAAUGCCCAGAGGAACGUGACUAUUACCCUUACUGGCAUCCAACUCAAUGGAGAGAUGCAGCCAUCUUGGUUGGUGAUGUCUCUGAAUGCGAAUAUUAUCAGGCAGAGAGUUUCAAUGUUAAAGAGAAGUACGAGUGUGUAGAAUAUUACACUAAUGGUCAACGUAAACAUGCAUCACGCUACAACAAUGAGGCUGAUUGCACUGCAAAUGAUGGAGAAUGGCUGCCAUUUGUCAACUACCUAGAAAAAGCACCUGCGAACCUAAACACAGAGCAAGCUUGCAAUGCAGCCAGUGGUAAUGGAGUGACGUAUGUCUGGGGUCGGCCUUGGAACGGUCAAAAUGAAGAAUGCCUGGUGGCGCUGCAGGCUCCUGAUUGCCAACAAGCUCCUUGGACGAGAGUGAAUCACAACGGAAACACCCGUGGUGGAGAAGCUAGCCGUUAUACCAUGACUCUUCCUUACUUUCCUUCUCAGAAUACAAUGAGAUGUGCCAUGAGAUUACGAUACAAUAUUUCCACCGAUGAUUAUGAUCCAUGGAACACGACAUCUGCACAAAACCAGGACACUGCCAAUAAUGUGCAGUCUCCAGUACAGCAGAACCCUUAUGUAAAUAUUGGAGCUGAUAAUACUCCACUUCGUCUUGCAAUCAAUACGGCUCAGACGGGUAGGGUGUUCCAAGAUAGAUCUCAUGCAUUCAAGAUCAUGCCUCGUCCACAGACUGCAGAAAUACAAGCUGCUAAGAUCUACAAUUUGAAUGUACGAGGGAAGAGAGGUAACAUCGUUCAGACAUACCCAGCUGUGGAGUAUGAUUUCAUGCCAAAUAGAUUAGAAAUCACUCCAGAAGACAUGGUACAUAUACAGUGGACGGGUUCUAAUCGUCAUAACAACAAUGCUCCAGGAGGAGACGGACAAACGGGCGAUGCUGGAGAAGGCCAAGGAGGAACGGAUCGCAGUAACUUUGUUCAGAUGAGUGACACCACGGAGAAUUAUCCCACCCCGUUCAACGAUGCUAACAGUAUGUUUGCAGAUGCUCAGGUUCAUUGGAUCUACUUUACUAACAAUCCUAGCCAAGUCACUCCUGAAGAUCUGGCUAUCAACAUGGCUAGCUCUGGUUACUAUCAGUGUAAGAACCAGAAUGUCUGCGGUGCUCAGUCUGUGCAACAGAAGAAUGAAAUGAAUAACCUCCUAAACAACGCCCCACCCUCGUACGAAGGAGCCCUCAUUCAGUUUCCUGCUGGCGAGCACAAAUACAUGAGCACACGUAAUAACAAUUUCAGCAAUCGCUCACAAAAGGGUAUGCUGAAAGUGGCUGCACCUGCAGCAGCAUAGACUGCACUUUAAUCUAAUUCAGUUUCAGAGUGUUUGUUUAUCAAGCACUGCAAGAUUGUGACCACCUCAAAACCAACAAUAAGCUGCCAGGCAAGAUGCUCUGUAAUGAGCCAAAAUAGUCCUUAGUCUUUGAAAAUCGUAUUUUAGAAAAUAAAUUUAUUCAAAACAGUAACUCGUCUUCUCCGUAUUGUCAAAAUCUCAAGUAGUAAACUGAAGAAAAAAAGAGUUAGAAAUGUUGACCAUUAUCCCCAAAACUGCUUGAAGUUUAAUCCAGCUUGCACAGCACUUUACAUGUCACGUAAUAAGUAAACCCCGAACUGCAAACCUUGUUUUUUCCAUAUUCACUGAAGUUUAAUGAAUGUCCUCUACAUUAUAAAGUCAAGUAUUUAUUGUUGAUCAGUUGUCACAUAUCUGCCUUUUUUUUAAACUGAAUCAAAAAUCUGUAAAUUUUUGUAUGCAGAGUUAAUUUACGUAUUUGUUGGGUUUUCUUGCGUACUGUCACAGUUAUUCAGUGUUGUAUUACAUGUUUGUAUCUGACUUGAGAGGGCAUAUUCCAUUAAGUCAAUGCUCUCUUCCUUAAUGACCAUGGCUCAUCAUCCACACACAAUGUUAUUAUAUCAUCUGAACAGACUGGAUGUUAUAGGAAUGAGAUGAUGAAAAAUUUAUAAUUUAUACAUUUGUAAUUACUAGUAAAUCAAUUAUAAUGUGUUUUUAACUUUGGACUUCAUGGUAGACUCACCAAAAGAAAACACAAAUGUACAUGUAAAGUUGUGAAAAUAUUAUGAAGACCAUUGAGGAUGUAAUGAUAUAUAUAUUUUUUUUAAAUAAAUAAUGACUCGAAUGCAUUGAAUGCCAAUUCCAAUAACAAAUAAUUUUGGAAUAUACAUAUCUAUAGAAAAUACAUAUACAGAAUUCCUUCUUAAGACAAUUUUGGGGCAAAAUAUUCAGUGGAAAGGGUAAGCCAACAGUUAGGAAAAACUUUUUUAUUUGCCAUGAUGUCUUGUGAUACUGUUUUCUCCCAUUUCUGUAUAGAUAGGAGUCAUUCUCUUGAUACCACCAUAAAGGGUGCUAAAUUAUUUAUGUUACUAUUAUCAGGGCCCUAGCAUCCUCAGAUAUCUAGGGAAGAAUAUGAUUUUUCUUGCUUAUUACAUGUACAAUAGUUCUUAGA